AUGCAGGAUAUUGUGGAAUAUAUUCAUACAGAUACAUGUGCUAGCCUCAAUGGGAAGAAACGAAAGGCUGAAGAUGAGAAUGAGACAGAGAUGUGGAAUCAGACCAAGGAACACGCCGAGAAACUGGCGGGAGUCUCCAGCGCUGCAAUGUACUACAAUUUAACUAGUCUUGUCCAGAAGAUUGAGAAGAGCAUCUCAAAAUUCUUGGAAACUACUCCAUCUUUGUCAUUCGUGGUCUUGGCAGCAUGCCACAAAGCAGGCCCCUUGGUUCCAGCAGAAUUGGCUGAGCCUGCAUGGUCAUUGGUUCGAACCAACAAAGAUGCCCUUAUGAGCACAAAUGCAAUUGCUUGUGUGGAUGCAACUCUGGUGGAAGAGAUUCUCAAGGAUGAUCAAACGACAAUGGACGAGUACGAUCUUUUUCUAUUUCUGACUCAAUGGGUUCAAAUCAACCCAAAGGAUCGCAAACCAAUUGCCAAAAAGCUUGGAUGCAACAUCAAGCUGGAAAGCAUAAAUCCUUCACAUCUCUCUGAUACUGUUGCCUCAUCUGGCCUGUUCAUGUCGGAUCAAAUCAACGAAGCCUACAAAAACCAAGCCCUGCAUGCAGAACAAGCUGGCUCUGUGCCUUUUCAAGGAUCACGACAUGGGGUCUGGAAAAAAUCUCGCACUGCAGCAACUGGCUUGGAUGUGUCUGAUGUCAAUACAGACAUUCUCAUGUGCGCUCCCAUUGAGGAUGGUAUCCACCAAUGGACAGUGAAGCUAUUAUGGGAUGACGGUGCAGGAAGGAAUGUUAGUGCUGCAUUUGGCAUUGUCUGCUCCCAAACAUUUGUGGAAAAUGGACGUCAACUUGGAAAGCAGAAGGGAGGGUGGGGAUUGGAUGACUAUGCCCAAAUAUUCAGAGAGGGGGGGCUGGAGAAACUUGAUGUGUGGGCUAUUCAGGUUGGCUCAGAAAUCACACUGACACUCAAUCUGAACCCCAGCAAUAAACGUAACGGUACCUUGAGCAUUUCCUGGGGUGAAGGUAAAAGAUAUUCUCAUCAUUGUCUUGUCAACAAUCUACGUGAUCAUCUCAAGUCACACCCUGGAGGAUUUCUUCCUGCAGUAUCGACUUCCUCGGGUGGCCGUGUCGAGCUUGUUAAGAUGCGAAAGCUCAAGAAGGCUGACUGA